CAUUACACUAGUGGUCCACUCUACACACGACCUAGCGUUAGCAACAACAGCAUCACGGAGUGUUCAACGUCUGCUACAGAAAACAAAGCUAUUAUUAUCCACACAGGUGCAGGUGUCGGGAGUGUCCUCCGGGAAGAAAAGGGGUCCGCGAUGUUGAACCCGACCAAUGGCGACCCGAGCCACGUCGUUGUGAAAUACGUAGAGGAGUAUUUGGACCUGGUGGAGUCACUACCGUUUGACCUGCAGAGGAGUGUGUCCCUCAUGAAGGAAAUUGAUGCCAAGUAUCAAGAUGUUCUGAAGGAGCUUGAUGAUGCUUAUGAACGGUAUCGCAGAGAAUCUGACUCACUUCAGAGGCGAAAGCUUCAGUCAUCCAUUCAGAGAGCGCUGAUCCGUAGUCAAGAGCUCGGAGAUGAGAAGAUCCAGAUUGCCGGUCAAAUGGUGGAGUUAGUGGAGAACCGAACACGACAAAUCGACUGGCAUUCUGAACUUCUCCUUUCCUCUCAAGAAGUCCCAGAGACUCACGUUCCCACAGCAACAUCCACGACAGCCACUGCUGUGUCCGUGAUGUCGUCAUCAUCCUCAGCCACCGUUACUCCGGGCAAAACCGUCCAGCACGAAAAGAAGCGCGAAGAGGUUACCCCAGCCUCGGCCGGUGGAGACAAGGCCGGAGGAAAACGCUCAAGACGUCAGAAAAACGGAGAAAGCCGGGAAAGUUACGGGGCUGUGGAGCACGCGGAGGAAGCGGGAGUGGCCGCAUCCCGGGAAAAGAGGGCCAAAACGUCGUCAAAGAAGAAGAAACGGUCAAAAGGGAAAUCCGAGAGAGAGGUGUCCCCGCCAGACCUGCCCAUCGAUCCAGAUGAGCCGACAUACUGCCUGUGUGAGCAGGUGUCCUACGGCGAGAUGAUUGGCUGUGAUAACGACGAAUGUCCCAUUGAGUGGUUUCAUUUCUCAUGUGUCGGGCUCCACCAUAAGCCCAAAGGCAAGUGGUACUGCCCUAAGUGUAGGGGUGAGAACGAGAAGAGCAUGGACAAGGCCUUAGAGAGGGCCAAGAAGGAGAGGGCGUACAACAGGUAGCUCGCUCUGUCGGGCCCAAUGAACACUAAAAAAAAUAUUUUGUUUCGUCUUUGUUACCAUUUACUGGCAGCACUGUUUAAAAAGUGAACGAAUGUUGUAAAUAGUUAUUUUUGUAACUUCUGUAUGGCUGAGAAACAAGACUGUUGCCUCCUGGUUGGUAUUAUUUGUAAAAGAUGGACACAGUACAGUUCAACCUGCAUGUAACUUACUGCCCCUUUGUUUUUAUCAUGCAUGCAACAUCUUCCACUCCUUUAUAUAUGCUCAAUUCAUUUCACAAAUAAAACGUUUCUAAAUAAAGAA